CAAGAUAUGCGAAACUAGGAUUUGCAAAUACCUGAAUUUUAUCAAGCUAACUAUUUAACCCUUAACUUGCAAAAAAAUUGCAGUAUUCAUAACCCACAUGAAUGUCCUCUUGGAUAAAGACGCCCAAUUUGGCAACAUCUCUGCAAAUCACACGUACUCUUAAUUUUUUGCAUCUUUGUCCUCUGCAUCGAAACAACCUUUCUCUUCGAGGUCAGUCUUACACAAAGAAGGAAUGAAAUAACACCAUAAUUCGCGAAGAGCGAAUUUUUUUAGCAAAAAUGUGGGGGGAGCAAUAAGGGGCCCGAUGGGCCAGGUCAAAGUCAGAACAACAGGACGCAAGGUAACAUCUAGAACAGUGCGAGAUCAUUAUACUCCCCCAGGGACGUUAUAAAAAAAAGAACAUCUUAAAGACAACAUCAAAUUAAUGAACACCACAACACCAUCUCUCUCCUCAAGUGACGAUAACCUGUUCCAAUUGUUCUUCAAUGCUGAGAACGAUUCGAACCAGGCUUUCACUUCCGGUCAUGAUAAUGCAGCUGAGGUCAACGACCUUCACCACGAUGUGGGGGGCCCUUUCUCCGAAUUGGUCCUUUUUCCGUUCCAGGUCGAGGUCAAUGACCCCGAGGUCAAUGACCCUGACCCCACUCUUCCAUUGGACACUCCUGAAUCACCACCGCCGCCAUUAAAACGGAAACGCGGCCGACCGCCAAAUUUAAACAAAAAGAUCACCCAGGUCACGAAAAAAGCUAAAAAAUACGAGGAACCACCAACCUCAAAAUCAGUCCGAAAUGCGAUCGGUGCAAAGCGAAAUCGUGACCUGAAGAAGGAAGCAUUUGCAAAAAUGCAGUCGGAAAACGAGUCCUUAAACGCGCAAAAUUUGGCCCUUACCAAUCAGGUCGUUGCCCUUUUGGCCGAAAAAGAAGAUUCCGACGCCAGAAUUUCAAAACUAACCGCGGAAAAUGAAAAUUACCGGAAAAGAUUCGACCUCAUCUUGAAAAAUGCGUUGUUCGGAGGAGAAAAAGUCGACCACGUGGAUGACCACGUGGUAAUAUCCAGCGCGGAUAUUACUUCCGGCGUGGGGAUGAUGUACUCAUCCCCACUCGACGAUAAUUUUGAGGGGCCCGACUCACUCGCAGAAUUGGAUCAAUUAUUGGGACUCGAUAAAAUUCUGGAAACGUGCGAGUCGGGCUAUUAGAAGUCAUAGUUUUAGGCACUUAGUUAUCGGUGUGCCAUAAAUUGUGUAACGCAUUCUUUUCAAAACCCGGUAGAAUUUGUGUAAAUAUUUGCAUAAAAUUCAAAAUUUUAAUUUAACAGCUUUAAACUAUUUAAAAUUUAAAUAUUCAAUUUAACAGCUUUAAACUAUUUAAAAUUUAAAUAUUCAAUUUAACAGCUUUAAAAAAUUUACAUAUGUACACAGGAUUAAAAAUAUUCAAUUUAAAACCGUUACACAAUUUAUGGACACCAAAAAUACAUCUUUUAAAUACACUCAUCUUUAAUAACGUUACGCCAGUGAUGUUGUUUAAUUUGUUUGUACUGACCCCUUCCCUCCCACCGGAACAGUUCUAGAGUCGCAUUAUUUAAGGGGAAAAUUGCUGGAAAAUAUUGAACAAAUUAGCAGAAAAUAUUACAAAAACUGCUAAAAAAUAUGGCAAAAGUGGGUAGAAAAUAUGUCUAAAAUUAACUGAAAAUAUUGCCAAAAACGAAUAGAAAAUACUGCCAAAAAUAUUCAAAAUUUUGACAAAUUGCUAAAAAAAUCAGUGUAUAAAAUUGAAAACAUCUCAAUCAUCAAACAAUUUAGGAACUUGUAACCCUGCAAAAUUAAAUUAACAACCUUAGCAAAAAAUUUCCAUGAAAAAAACAACAAGAAAAAAAUUCGAGUCAGUUAAACCGAAAAAAUUCAAUGUUUCUCAUGGAUUAAAAAAUAACACCCUUAUCCAGCAAUAAAUUUCCCCCCGGUAAAAAUGCCAAUUUCUACAAAACUGGUCCCUAGGAGGGAAGGUACAGAUUUUGUCAACGUUCCUAAACAAUUGAAAAGUUUCGAUUGUUAGCAACGGCACAAAUUUUAAGAAACUGAGAGGAAAUUCGUAAGAUACCUAAAAUGACAAGUGUCAAUUUUACAUCUUACGAGACACGGUUCACUCUGAGGACUAAUUUGUGCGAAAUUCUGAGCAAAAUUUUGAUUCGUAAAAUUUCGCUUACAAUUUUGCACACUUUUUUAUUCGGAGUGUUUAAGUACCUCGUUUCGAAAGAGACCCUUUUUACGGUGCGGGUGUUGAGGGGGAUUAAUUGGGGGAUUACCCAAAAAAAUCUUGGAUCACAUCCAACCCGUAAGUCUCACUUCUGGUCAGGUCCUACAUGUCGAAGGGGGAAGGUUCAUAUAUUACGUCAUUAAAAAAGUCAGUGGGUAGUUUGGAGUCGUAUAUCUUACCCGUGUUAAGUUUAACAUGGGAAGGAUAGGCAAGGGAAAGGAUGAUAUUAAAAUCCGCGUUUUUUAAUUACGUAAUAUACGAAGGGUCCCCCGAUGUGACGUGUAGGUUCGUUUUUCAGCGUUGAAUUAACGUACCGUGCACCAGAUCGGAAUUUGAUAUUCUGAUGUUGGGGUUAAUCCGCGAAAACGGCAAACUUAAAUGUGGCAUGAUUUUGUAUAUAGUAUUUUUCAAAAUAUAUGUAUGAGUAUGUAUGUAUCAUGUACGUCUAACAAGAAAAAUUAAAUGGGGGUGGUUACUAACAAGUUGAAAAAUUGGA